GCGCACGGCCAGGUCAUGCCUGGGGAGGCUGCCCGUGCCGAGCUGCUGCUGCCUGAAGCAGGCCGACCCGGGCCCCGCACAGAUCUAUCCUGUGAUGCAGCUGCUGCCACCAUCCCGAGAGGGGACCAGCAGGAGCCCCACGUCCUGAGCCCAGGGCCCAGCCCCCUUGCCCUCACAUUCCUGCCCAGCAAGCCGAGUACCCGGCCACAGCCUGAGGGAGCCAGCUGGGAUGCAGGACCCUAUGGGGCCCCCUCAGCAUGGGCAGACCCAGCUGAGGGCAGUCCCAGCUCAGUGUUCCUCCCUGAAGUUCUACCCCCCCAGGUUUUGUCCCCUGAGGCUCCUCUCCCGGCCACCUUGGAGGCACGGAUUGUGAUGGGCGAGGAGACGUGCCAGGCCCUCCCACCACCCAGGGCUGCCCAACCAGUGCUCAGGGACUGGGAGGGUGGUGGGCAUGAGAGCCUAAAUCCACCCCCCGAGUCACGUUCUCAGGGUGAUCCUUCUGUGCCUUCCCCUCCCCUAGACCCUGAUUCCUACUUCACACCUCCGUCCACCCCCACCAAGACCACAUAUACCCUGCCCCAUGGCCAAGGGACCCACAGGGACACCUGGGACUCAGAGGCAGAGCUGCUGGAUGAUCUGCUGGACUCAACCCCGGCCUCACCCUCAGGCUCCUACAUCACGGCUGAUGGGGACAGCUGGGCCUCGUCACCCUCCUGUUCCCUCAGCCUGCUGGCCCCCACUGAAGGGUUGGACUUCCCCUCAGGCUGGGGCCUCUCCCCCACGGGGUCUUUGAUGAAUGAACGAGAGCUGCACCCUGCCGGGCCCUCGGGACCCCCGUCCUCCGAGUCCAGCCUCUCAGCAGACAGUGACUCCUCCUUGGGUCAGGAGGCCCACUUCUUCGACCUAGAUUUCCUGGCCAAUGACCCAAUGAUCCCUGCAGCCCUCCUGCCCUUCCAGGGCAGCCUCAUCUUCCAGGUGGAGGCAGUGGAGGUGAUGCCACUGCCCCCGGAGGAGGAAGAAGAAGAGGAGAAGGCUGGGGCUCCCGACCUGGCGGGGGACCUGGCCGGGGAGGGGGAGGAGGACAGCACGUCCGCCUCCUUCCUGCAGUCCCUAUCUGACCUGUCUAUCAUGGAGGGUAUGGAUGAGGCUUUUGCCUUUCGAGAUGACACCUCCGGGGCCUCUUCUGACUCAGACUCAACCUCCUAUGCAGGAGCAGAGGACGAGAGACUAUACAGUGGGGAGCCCCACGCACAGUCUACCACCUUGCCCCAGGACAGUGUUCUGGAGACAGAGGAGGAGAGCAGAGGUGGUGUCAAGGGACCACAGGCUCAGGAGGUGGCUGCACCCUGGGGUCUAGAGGCCACUCCUCUGGUCUCACGGGAAGAGAUCCAUCUCACCCAAAGCCAGGAGUCCAUCGAGGAAACAUCAGAAGAAGGCCUCAUCAUAGGCCAGGAGUCUGCUGCCACUGUGACCACUCAUACUGUGCAGGCAGCCCCAGGCCUCCAGUUGGACGCAGUAAGCAGAGUGACCCUACAGGCUGGGGAGGAGGAAGCAGCCUCUGCCACUGGACAAGCUCCCACUGUCGGAGCAAUGCCUCAGCACCAACAGAAGGGCACAAGCACUCCCUUAAACCAGGAGCCUGUCACUGCAGAAAUACCUUCAACCCUGCAGGAAGAAGCAAGCUUCACAUUAUGCCCAAACCCACCUCAGAACUUGAAGGAAGGACGUCCAGGCCUCCCCUCAGGCCCACAGCCUGUGGCUGCAGUCACGCCUGGGUCCCAGCAGACUGAAGAGGAGCAUACCUUACCCCAGAAGUGUGCUGUGGCAGCACCUCUGUCCCUACAAGAUGCAGACUCCCCCUCAGGCCAGGAGCCUGUGGCUAUGGUCACCCCUCAGGCUCUGCAAGCAGAAGCAGACUGUGUCCCAGGGACAGAGCCCAUGACCUCCAUGGACCAAGAAGUAGAAGUAGGUGUGGCAUUAGAACUGAGGCCAGCACCUGAGGAGAGGGACAGAGUCCUCCCUAGAGACCUGGAGCCUCCAGCCUUGGACCAGGCUCAACAGGAUGACCCAGAACCAACUGCAGAAGCAGAGGCCCCCUGGGCCUCACAUGAAGAUGCAUGUGCCACCCUGGGUGUGGAGGCCCCCGGUCCUCCCAAGUCUGCCUCUGCUGCCGGGGGGGAAUUAGCUGAAGGGCUUUCUGUGCCCAAGUGGGAAGCAUGUCUGGAAGCGCAAGUGUACACUGGUGAUGUUGCUGAGCCCCACUCCGUCCCAAAUAAGGCCCUGGGGGCUGAGAACCAAAGGGAAGGAGGCCCUGCUCCACCAGCACAGGGACAUGGACCUGGAGCAGAACCUCAAGAUGCAGGGGAGGCUCCCAAGGCCUGUCCUGCUGCUUGCCCUGAGGUCCACCAAGCACAGCCCCUGAACCCAGCCACAGAGGGAAGGGGCCCAAGUGGCGAGGUUACUCCACAACCCAGGCUUCCCACAGCUGUGGACACAGAGGCCUGUUUGGGGUCCUGCCCAGAGUCCCCAGCAGAGGCUACAUCUGGGCUGGACAGAGGCUGUCCUGAAGAUUGUGCCCCUGUGUCUGCACCCUCCUCCCAGCAACUGGAGCCUGUGCUGGGCCUGGGCAGUGGUGAGCUGCCCAAAGAAGUACCCAGAACCCUCAGCCCUUCCUCUCCCCCAUCCGGAGGAUAUGGUGCCAGGGGCCCACCCAGUGCACCCCAGGACAAGCUCCCAGGCCCUGACACCUCUACUCCUGGCGUCCUUGCCGGGGCAUCCCCACCCCCACUGGAGCUCCCUUCCCCCUGCUUGUGCCAGGGCCCCCAGGAAGACUCCAUGGGGGAUAAGGAGCCCCCAGGCCUCCCACCGCCCCAGGCAGGAGCCCUGCCAGCAGCUGCUGCUGUCUCAGGAAUCUUGCAGCCUCCAGGAGCUGGGUCGAGGGUCAGCCUCUUGUCCCACUCCCCCCUCAGCCCCAAGGCAGCCCCUAUGGAUGCCAAAGACCUGGCCUUGCUGAUCUCGCCUCCUUGCCAAGUGCCUCCUCGCUCUAGGACCCGGAGCCCAGCUAACCCACAAGGGCUCCCAGCCUCUGAGCAGCAAGAGGAUGAAGACAGCCUGGAGGAAGACUCACCUCAGGCCCCAGGCUCAGGCCAGCGCUCAGACAGUCAUGGGGAGUCGUCAGCCGAGCUGGAUGAGCAGGACACAUCGGCACCUCAGACCACACAGUGCCCAGCCCAGGCCCCAACAGGCAGCAGUGAGGAGACCAUUGCCAAAGCCAAGCAGAGUCGCAGUGAGAAGAAGGCCCGAAAGGCAAUGUCGAAGCUGGGCUUACGGCAAAUUCAAGGAGUCACAAGGAUCACCAUCCAGAAGUCCAAGAACAUCCUCUUUGUCAUCGCCAAGCCUGAUGUCUUCAAGAGCCCAGCCUCGGACACUUAUGUGGUCUUUGGCGAAGCCAAGAUAGAGGACUUGUCCCAACAAGUGCACAAAGCUGCAGCUGAGAAGUUCAAGGUGCCCUCAGAGCCCUCAGCCCUGAUCCCUGAGUCAGCACCCAGGCCCCGGGUGAGACCAGAGUGUGAAGAGGAGGAAGACGAAGAAGAGGAGGAGGUGGAUGAGGCAGGGCUGGAGCUGCGUGACAUCGAGCUGGUGAUGGCCCAAGCCAAUGUGUCUAGGGCCAAGGCUGUGAGGGCCCUGAGAGAUAACCACAGUGAUAUCGUCAAUGCCAUCAUGGAACUGACCAUGUAGCUGCUGACCUGAAGCUGGGUCCAUCCUGCCCCUUCCCCCAGCUCUGCUGCUCAAUAAAUUGGUGUGCCCUCA